AUGUCGUCCGGCAUCACAGAGACCGAGACGGUGCUCACCCUCGAGAACAUCAACCCACACGUCCGCGCCGCCAGAUAUGCCGUCCGCGGUGAGCUCGCUGUAAAGUCGGAGCAGUACCGCGCGAAGCUGGCCAAGGGCGAGGGCAAGGACCUGCCGUUCGACACCGUCAUCGCUGCCAACAUCGGCAACCCCCAGCAGCUGGACCAGAAGCCCAUCACCUUCUUCCGCCAGGUUGCGUCGCUGCUGGAGAACCCGCUGUUGCUCGAGCACGAGGAUGUGCUCACAGGGAGCCUGGGCUACCAGAAGGAUGUCAUCCAGCGUGCCCAGAAGCUGCUCAAGGAGGUCAACAGCGUAGGCGCAUACUCCCAGUCUCAGGGUGCGCCAGGCUUUCGCGAGUCGGUCGCCAAAUACAUCGAGCGCCGCGACGGCUACCCCUCGUCCUUUGAAAACGUAUACCUCAGCAAUGGCGCUUCGUCUGGUGUGAACACACUGCUGCACGUCAUCUGCGCGAAGCCAGAGACCGGCAUCAUGGUCCCCAUCCCGCAGUACCCCCUCUACACCGCCACGCUCUCCGUCCUCGACGCCCGCUGCGUCCCGUACUACCUCGACGAGGCCGCCAACUGGGGCACCAGCCUGGAGGCCAUCCAGGAGAGCUACGACAAGGCCAAGAGCGAGGGCACAGAUGUCAAGGCCAUUUGCAUCAUCAACCCCGGCAACCCCACCGGCGCCUCCCUCCCCGCCGAGGACAUCAAGAGCGUCCUCAAGUUCGCCGCAAAGAACAAGCUCGUCGUCAUCGCCGACGAAGUCUACCAGACCAACGUCUUCAUCGGCGAGUUCGUCUCCUUCAAGAAGGCGCUGCGCGACCUGCAAAAGGAGGCGCCUGGGCAGUACGACCACAUUGAGCUCGCCUCCCUGCACUCGACCUCCAAGGGCAUGGUCGGCGAGUGCGGUCACCGCGGCGGCUACUUUGAGCUCGUCGGCUUCCACCCGGAGGUCGCCGCCGAGAUCUACAAGUUCAUCUCCAUCCAGCUGUGUCCGCCCGUCAUCGGCCAGUGCAUCGUCGAGAUGAUGGUCAACCCGCCCAAGGAGGGCGAGCCCAGCUAUGAGCUGUACAAGAAGGAGUACGAUGCCAUCUUCAAGGGGCUCAAGGAGCGCGCGUACGCACUGUACGAGGCGUUUAAGAAAAUGGAGGGCGUCGAGGUCGGCGAGCCGCAGGGCUCCAUGUACCUCUUCCCCACAAUCACGCUGCCGAAGAAGGCUCUCGAGCAAGCCAAGAAGGAAGGCCGCGCCGCUGACGAGUUCUACUGCUUCCGCAUGCUCGACGCAACGGGCGUGUGCACCGUCGCCGGCACAGGCUUUGGGCAGAAGGAGGGCUCGUUUCACUUCAGAACGACCUUUUUGGCGCCUGGCACGGAUUGGACGCAGAGACUUGUCAAGUUCCACGAGGAUUUUAUGCAAGAGUUUAGGUAG